AGACACGACCAUUCAACGUCACGCUGAUCCUGUUGCGUACAACGUCAACGCACUUGACAGGUGAAACCGGAAAGAACGGGGUUUCGAAAAAGGCGAUUGACGCAAGCCGCAGCCAAAACAGAGAAAAGUAGAGUUGAAUUUUGUCCAUGUACCGACUGGACCGAUCUGUGAGGCGGGCCCGGUGAUGCGCAUGUGCGGAGACUGUGAUCUGCUGUAAAGAUGUACGGUGUGAGAAUGGCACGUGAGGCCGUAGUGGCGGACGACUCCUACACCGAAAACCUCAUUGGCACAUUGUUGGCUAUCUUUGGAAACCUGCUGGUCAGUAUCUCUGUGAGCAUUCAGAAACAAAGUCAUGUGGCGUUAGCAGGGAAUAAAGACCCGAGGCAGUACUACCACACCAAGACCUGGUGGUCUGGCCUGAUGCUGAUGGUUCUGGGAGAGGGCGCUCUGUUUGUGUCCUAUGCGUUUGCUCCGCUCUCUCUCAUCGCUCCUCUUAAUGCCGUGUCUGUAAUUUCAAGCUCCAUCUUAGGUUUCCUGUUUUUACGGGAAAAGUGUAAGGUGCAGGAAUUUUUGAAAUGCUACAUUUUGACUUUCCUGGGCUGCGCCUUGACGGCGGGUGGUACUUACCUGUUUGUGACAUUUGGGCCAAACUCUCACGAGAAACUGAAUGCGGAAAACAUAGUAAAGCAUGUUAUCGGCUGGCACUUCCUCUUAUACUUGCUUCUGGGGAUCAUCACCUUCUGUCUGGUGCUGUAUUUCUACAAACAGCAGAAUGCAAACUACCUCGUCCUGAUUCUGCUGCUGGUGGCACUACUUGGUUCAGUGACGGUAAUCACAGUGAAGGCCGUUUCAGGGAUGAUUGUGCUCAGUGUCUUGGGUCCUCUACAGCUCUCAUACCCCAUAUUCUAUGUCAUGUUCGUCUGCAUGGUGGCUACUGUCAUCUUCCAAGCAUCAUUUUUAGCACAGGCAUCUCACUUGUAUGAUUCCUCUCACAUCGCCUGUGUGAAUUACAUUUUCUCAACUACGUUCGCUAUUGUGGCAGGAGCCAUAUUUUACCAGGAGUUUAAUCAUGAAGACAUUCUACACAUUUGCUUGUUUCUCUUGGGAUGUGCUCUGUGCUUUCUUGGGGUGUUCCUGAUCACCAAAGACAAGAGGAAGGUCAAAGCCUUUGAGCCAUAUGUCAGCAUGGACAUGGCAAAUGGUAUUCCAACCAUUCACAACAAAGGCUGGGCUGUGCAGCCUGAUUAUAACGGCUCCUUUUCCUAUGGGGCACUUGUGAACAAUGACAGUGUGGCUCCUGUAACUCUUCCAGUGGACCAAGAGCUGUCCGUGUCUCCAGGUCCUGUCAACCAUAACCAAUCAUCAGAGCUGAAGAAAGACUGAGUGGACAUGAGUUUUAAGUGCAAAUAAGACUGAUUUAAUAUAAGAAAUGCUUUGCUGUGUUUAAGCAUCAGGGGUUUGCUUGUCGACAGCAAAAUCUGAAUCUAAAACAUUGGACCAUUCUGGAGCGUCUGUAUUGCUCUAGACUGAUCCUGAGCCAGGAAAGCAAUCUAACAGUUUCGUGUUAGAAAUUAGGACUUUCAUUGGUGGGUUUGAUUUGACCUUUCUCUGCAAGGUGAUUGUGGCAUAAUAUCUUUGUAUAAAGUUUUUAACUAUAAUUAUGCCUUUAAUAUGUUCUCAGACAUUAUGAUAAUUCCUCACCUGCAUCAAAGUAAGAACGCUUCUAUAGUUAAUCUAAGAACCCAUAUAUACCUCAAAAGAUGUUUUAAAUUCUGCUACUGCUUUGUACCAAACAUACUGCAACCAGUCAAACUAUAUCACCCAAAGGCCAAAGCUUAAUAUAGAUGUCACAAUUCCCUGUCAUUUAUAUGGAAAUAUGUGUUUGGUACAGAGGAAUUAAAUACACUAACUCGCACAUAUUGUACUUUCAUUUUCCAAAGUAUGUUGACCUGAAUAUCUGCCUUGCUGUGCCUACUAUUCUGUGCCUGUUUAAAGUGCAUGAAAUGGGACUUUCUGUAGAAAUCUGUAUAAUCGUGGAGAAUACCUCAGAUAGCAAAACACUGGUGAUGGUUGUUGAAAUGUACAGAUGUACAACAUUUACUGAUAAUUUUCAUUGCCUUAGUCUAAUGCUGUACAAUAUUUUGUUGAUGUUUUGCUAUGCCUCUGGCGUUUUUUCUUCUUCAUCUUUGAAUAUAACAUAAUGCUGUAUUUUAUUACACAGUUGACAUAGACUUGGCUUUGGUUAAAAGAUAAAGGGAAACUUCAAUGUCUAAGCCACAUUGAUACACACUGAAUGCUUCAGCACAAUUACAAUGGAUUAAAAAAAAUAUAUAUAUUGUUCUUAAAUUAAAGAAAGGAUGAUAUUGUUUAUCCUACAUCAGCCAUUCCGUAGUGACAUCAUAUAUUUAACCAAUAUAAAAAAGUGAAAUGUAGACCAGGCUUCUGUAACCAGCUGACUAUCUUCUGUUCUGGAAAUUGUACAAAUAAUACUGCACUUUAUUACAACUGAUUGUGACUUAUUACUGGUCUAUUGCUUUUUUUAAGGAUCAGUUUCACUGCUGUUUUAAAUGACCAGUGUGUUAAAGCCUCAAACCUUAGUUAUAUUCUUGCUAUCUGCUGAGUAAUUGGAAAAAUGUUUAAUCAGGGACGUUUUUCAUUGCAAAAUUAAUGUAAUGCCAAAUAUCUCAAGAACUGAUUUACAUUGGAGUUCUUAUAAGUAUUGUCUUUUCACUGAUAAUUAUUGUGCAUGUACAGUACAUGACAAUUUCUGUAUCAAAGAAGCAAAUGUAAAUACUAAAAUUCAGUUGAAUUUGUUGGCUUGUUUAAUUAAAGGUC